CCGACCAGACCGGCCCCCAGCCCCGCCGGAGAGGACUCAGCCCCAAGCCAGCAGCAGCCCAAGCAGCAGCGAUGUUGUGGCACCUGCACCUCUUGCGGCCCCCCCACGACCCCCCGGCUGCCCGGCUGGGCCCCGUGCGCACUCUGUGGCCGGCCCCGGGGGCCCUCUUUGCUGAGCUGCUGCAGGAGCUGGAGCAGGCCAGGGACUUUGCCAGCAGCAUGGGGCGGCUCCUGGCUGGCGGAGGGAGCGGCAGCCCCGGCGGGGAGCCAGGCCAGAGCUCCAGCGUGGCCCUGGCCCAGGGGCCGGCCGAGCCCUUCGCCGUGCGGCAGGACGUCCGGGGCUUUGCGCCCGAGCAGCUGGCGGUGACGCUGGUGGGCAGGAAGGUGCUGCUGACGGGCAGGAAGGAGACGCAGAGCGAGGACGGCAAAGGCUCCUUCUCCUACAAGUACGAGGUGUUCAGGAGGGAGUGGGACGUGCCCGAGGCCGUGGACACCGACCGCCUGACCUGCUCCAUCUCCAGGGAGGGGCAGCUGUGCAUCGAAGCCCCGUGCCUGGCCCCCCCAGCCCUCCCCGCGAGGGACGUGCCCAUCCAGCUCGGCCCUGCGGGCGGCUCGGCAGCACCGGCUGAGCCGGGCUCAGAGGCCGGGGCCGACGGCAGAGCCCGGGGGUAACCGCCUGAGCUGCUGGCAGCGGCCCCAGCAGAGCAGCCAGGAACAGAUUUUUGGAGCCUAAAACUAGCGGCUUCAAAACUAGCAUCAGUUUUUGUCACUAUGGUCAGAGCAAAAGUGAUUCCAAAUAGUUUUUGUACCAAAUAAAUUUCUCUCCCUAGAAGUCAGCCCCUGCUGGUUGGUGUGGGUCCGUCUUGGCUGCUGAUGUACAAGGAUUAGGCCCCAUGGGGACAGAGCAGCAGGAGAAGCAGCGCCGGGUCCGUCUACAUCGCAUGCAACCCUGGCCCUGCAGCCGUGGAGCUUCCAAGCCCACCCUCGAGCAGCUCCCUGAACUCAGCAGAACCUGCAGGAUAGAGGGGGUCUCGGCCCACCCCGCUCCAAGGGAACAGGCCUGGGGGUCCCUCCCGCAGGGGGGGGAAGGGGCAAGCAGGGCUCCCUCCCAGAGCAGGGCCCCUUCUAACACUGCCAGGGCCUUUGUAUCAUCCUGUGCAGGUACCAGCGCCACGCCCAGCUGCCAGAAAAGAUGGGGAGGUUACAGGACAUUCAUCUCAAGGCCCCAGAAAGGGGGGGGUAUCUAAUGGAGUUCUAGGGGUUCUAGCCCCAGGCCCAUCCCCUUUACUGUUAGUCACAGCUCCUUGUAGGGACAAGCAGCUUGAUACCAUGGCAUCCGUCCUACACAGGUGGUGGGCAAGUCACGCCCUGGCUCCGGGCUCUCCAUCAGGACAAGGGUGGGGAGAGGCUGGCUCCUAAACCCUUUGUGAUCAGGUAGAAGCUUCUCAUGAGACUGACCCAGGCAAUCCAGGGACAGGGGGUGCUUCGAGCUGCAGCAGAACGCCUGGAGCACGGCCUUAGCCACCCUGCCCUGCAGCAUGUAACUCGCUGACCUAGUUCAUUGCUACGAAGGUGCUGAGCUCGGACCACAGCUGGGGAACUCGGGGCAGGAGGCUGUAAGUGAAAGGAGACCGGAGCAUCUGCAAUUCGCCAGACUCAGGAGGUGCUGGCUAAGCAGAACAGGCAGUAAAGGGCAGCGUUUUAUCCCUUUAGUUAAGUGAAAGGGAGACAUUCCCGCUGGCCUCGGCCAAAGCACCGGGAAGGUUAGAUGCCCCCAGCCCUAGAGCAAGUCAGCUCUUCACCUUGCAGUGGCGGUAGAAACAGCUCCCCAUCACCGCUUUGAACGGUUUCUAGCGAGACGCUGGAGGUGGGCGGGGGGGAGACUGCUGGCUGCUUCCUGCAUCUCCCAUUGAUCUCGAGAGCAGCUACCACCACGAUUCCAGUUGGAAAACGGGAGAGGCCAGGUGUGCCCAACAAAGGAACAAGCCAGCAGGAGCCAUGGGGUGAGGAAAAUACAGUACAGAGCCUACACCCUUAACACUGCCCCUGUGCUGUGGCUGCCCUCCGCUAACGGCAGCGGUCUGAGGCUAGUGAGAGCGGCUUCCCCAUGGCAGUGGAAAGGAGCGUGCAGCGAAUCAUCAAGUGGGCUGAGCUGCACACGGUACCUGCCUGUUCAACACCUUUACGAUCUAGGGCUGGAAUCCUCCCUCCUCACAGCUUGGUUCUACCAUACGCAGCGCAAGGAGCAGCAGGUCUUACUUCGCUUUUAAUCACAGGACUGGCCGGGACCUCGAGAGGUUGUCUAGUCCAGUCCCCUGCACACACGGGAGGACUGAGUAUUAUCUGACGGGUUUGUCCAACCCGCUCUUAAAAAUCCCCAAUGACCGAGAUCCCACACCCUCCCUGGGCAAUUUAGUCCAGUGCUUAACCACCCUGACAGUGAGGAAGUUUUUCCUAUUGCUGCAAUUUAAGCCCAGGGCUUCUUGUCCUGUCCUCAGAGAUUAAGAGCAACAAUUUUUCUCCCUCCUCCUUGUAACAACCUUUUAUGUACUUGAAAACUGUUCUCAUGUCUUCUCCAGACUAACCAAACCCACUUUUUUCAAUCUUCCCUCAUAGGUCAUGUUUUCUAGACCUUUAAUCAUUUUUGUUGCUCUUCUCUGGACUCUCCUGUUUGCCCACAUCCUUCCUGAAAUGCUCCCCUUGUGCACGCAGGAUCAGCGAGGGAAGAGGCGGAUGUUCGCUUUCCUGGGAUAAGGGACCCUGCUAGUGGCAGGAAUGAGGUGCCUCUGACGGCAGCACUGCCCUGCCAACUAGCAGUUACUGUAGCAUGAAGUUAAGGUACAGACGGCAGAUGUGAUGGUCCCUUUCAGCAAAGCGCUCCCCAUGCUGAGGGACACCUCACAACACCCAUUAGCUAAUGCAACCUGCUACUAGGUAGAGCACUUCCUCUGUCUGUAUGAACAUGGGGGCAGAGAUGUGGUCACUGAUUAAGACAGCUGGGCUGGUUGUCGCUUCUACCUUUGCCCUGUUCAGAUUUGGAAAAAGGAAGUUCAGGUAACAGCGCUGUCAGUUUCCACAUGGACAACGACAACCUGUCUCGUCCGUGGAUUUCUGAAAUUCAGGAUUGCUCUCCAGCUUCCUCGGUGCAUUGCUAGUGCUCAACGUUGCUGCAGUUGCAGGAACAGUUACUAAAUCCUUCAAGCCCUCAGACAGGUGAUGGGCAUGGUGGGCUUUGGGAUCUAGACCUUUUCCUCCAGGCUGCCAUCUGUAGCCAGAUACGGCCACUUUCAUUUUAUGGGAGGCUGGUUUUUCCUGUGCAUUUUGCCACCCUCUAGGCCUGGUUCAAGCUGGCACUGGUUCUGUGCCUUGUAGAGUCCCUGUGUUCUCAAGGGAAUCCAUUCAGUUUUCUCCACCAUGCCUGCCCUUUACCAUCAGCAUUUCCACGCACGUUAGGCAGCUGUACCUAGCGCAAUGGGGAAUCCAGACACCGCCACUGUAAUUGACAAGGAGGAGUGAGAAGAAGUGUGAUGGAUUCAGGAGACCUGGGUUCUAGUCCUGAUCGGCCACUGGCCUGCUGGAGGAUCUGGGUAAGGCACUUGUGCCUCCAUUUCCCCACGUGGAGAGUGGCAGUAACAAUACUGACCUCUUUGGUCGAGUGCUUUGAGAUCUUUCGUGUUGUGCACAAGAACAAAUUCAUAAUGAAACUACACUGGCCAGUUUCACUUUCAGGUACUAGCGUGAUGUGUGAGGAACACCCAAACCCACAUUUCAUUUACAUGGCUUUAAUAAAACUCAAACGUUUCUGGUCACAUUGGAUUUAUAAAAAUUUUUUUUAAUCACACAACAUAAGUUUGUGAUGAAGACUAAGUUGACAGUUCCUCUUUAAAUACCAAUCUGUAUAACAUUGCAUCAGGCACUAGGCAGCAGCCAACGUGAGUUAGACUCCAGCAACAGAAGCAAUUUUAAUACCUCCCUCCAGGUUUUAUUUUGUGGAAUUACAGGUUUAAUACAGAUGGUUUCCACAGACAAAUUCCUCCCAGUCUCCCCCACCCCCAUCUCUGUACAUCAGUAAACCAGAGCGGUUUGCACUAGAGCAAGGUUAUUAACAUUAGUGGCAUCACAUCACUGUCAAAAAGGACAAUUUUCUUUUGUUUUUUUUUUUU